GCGGCUCCCUCCCUUCCCGGAAAAGCCGCAGCAGCGUCGCAUGUAGUUGGAACCUGCGGCGUCUCGACCUCUUUCUCCUUCUUCCCCUCCUUCUCCUUCUCCAGUCCCCGGAACAUGAACAGCGUGGGCGAGGCCUGCACCGAGCUGAAGCGGGAGUACGACACGUGCUUCAACCGCUGGUUCGCGGAGAAGUUCCUGAAGGGCGACCGCGGCACCGCCGACCCGUGCCAGGAAUCCUUCCGCCGCUACCAGCGCUGCGUGCAGAAGGCCAUCAAGGACAAGGACAUCCCGGUGGACGGGGUGGACUUCAUGGGCCCCAGCAAGGACAAGCCGGAGGGCUGAGGGCCGAGGAGGGGGUCGGGGGGUCAGUGGGCCCACCCUGGACUAAACUGGACCAAACUGGACUAAUCUAGACCCACCUGGGCUAAUCUAGACCCACCUGGAACUACCUGGACCCACCUAGGGCCGCGGGGGGGGCUCUGCGCAUGCGCGGCAAUGGCGGGGCUCUGCUGGAUUCAGCCCAAAGAGACGCUUUGAUUUAUUUGCCAGUUUUGCUGCUUGUGUGUGACGUUGAGGGACAGAAUGAGCCAAAAGGGUUCUGGUUCUGGUUCUGGCUGCAGAAGUUUAUCAACACAAACUCAAUAAUGUGACUGUGUGUGUGUGUGUGUGUGUGUGUGAGUGAGAGAGAGAGAGCUAGUGUGUGUGUGUGUGAGAGAGCUAGUGUGUGUGUGUGUGUGUAUGUGACUGCUAGUGUGUGUGUGUGUAUGUGACUGCUAGUGUGUGUGUGUGUGUGUGUGUGUGUGACUGCUAGUGUGUGUGUGUGUGUGUGUGUGUGUGUGUGUGUGUGUGUGCGACUGUACUAGUGAGUGUGUGUGUGCGUGUGCUAGUGUGUGUUUAUUCCGAUCAGUUUGACUUUUAUUCAGUUUUUUUCCAUCUGUCGUCGCUUAAACUGAUUCAUAAAGUUGAUUUAUUUCAAGAUUAAACUUUUAAAAAUGA